GUUUAUUUUAUUUAUUUUUACGAAUCCUAAAGAUUAUGUGCUGAUCUAAAUAAAUGCUUUGUGGGUGUAAUGCUUGUGUGUAGAAAUAAAAGUCGAUAAAAUCUACACAGACGAUUGUACCUAAUACUUCUCUGGAAAUUUAAUGUGUACGACUGGUAUGUGGGUGCCUGUAGCUCACAAAAUGAAACUUUACUUCUAAACUGUUACAGUUCCCUUGUAACGUUGGUACAAUAUAAUCAUGCUUCGCAGCAAAGUUGAAUUUCGAUUAUAUUUAUUCACAGACAAUUCAAAAUUGAAAUAUCAAAAAACAGAGGAAUAACAUUGAGUAUUACUUACGGAUAUGCCAGGGCUGGUGGUAUUUAGAAGACGAUGGAGUGUUGGUUCAGAUGAUUUGGUUGUACCUGGAGUGUUUCUUUCUACUGUACAUUUGAUAUGGACCAUUAUACUGAGUGUGAUACUCUCCCUAGUAAAUUACGACAGAAGCGUUUAUUCUAUUUUUUUACUAUGGUGUCUGAUUAUCGGAUAUCUAGUCAUAUUAAUAUUUUCUAUGCUCAUCGAACUCGUCAUCUGCGUAGUGGCCAUGCGUGGAAGCAUUCUAGAUACAGGCAAAAGGGCCUCUAUGCAGUAUAUACUCUACCUCAGACUAACUGUGAUGCUAGUAGAAGCUGCUUGGUUAUCAGCAGGAAUAGCCUGGUUAGUAAAAUAUUAUUUAGAAUGUCCAAUAGAUAACGCCAAGGAAAUUGUUUUAGUUAUGGUAGUUUUCAAUUGGUGCAUCCUUUUCUCAGUGAUAAUAACCGUUUGGUGUACUUACGAUAGCGCUGGACGCUCAUGGGUCAAAAUGAAACAGUACCAAAGGUCAAUGAGGGAAUCGGAAUCCAAGUUUCAGUACAAAAGAUCAGGUAGUACGAGGAAUUGGAGACAGAGAAAAGUUCUUAGAGCUUAUCAAGACAGUUGGCAUAAUAGAUGCCGUUUUCUAUUUUGUUGUUCAACGUCCGAUAGAAAUAGGAAUUCUUUUACCGAUAUCGCAAGAUUAUUAUCGGAUUUUUUUAGAGAUUUAGAUGUAGUACCUUCUGACGUCAUUGUGGGUUUAGUAUUACUACGAAAAUUCCAAAAAAUCGAACGAAAAGCGAUAGUAGAACAGCGCAAGAACGACACUUACGAGUUUCUAUCUGGAGUGGCUAUCACGCCGUCAACGCAGUUUCUAUCUUUACAUGAAGAAGGCGCGGAUCUAGAACUGUUUCAAUCGGUGAUCCAUUUCGCUCACUUCGCUGUCAAAGCAUACGGUUGGCCAGUCUUCAUAAUAAAUAACCCAUUAGGAAUGUGUAAACUGUGUCCUAGUCUGAGGUAUUUAGAUACCGCCGUUUCGACACGCGCACUUAAAAUUUUCUUUUGUUUUAUUUGUUGUUUCAGGUGUUGUUGUUGUGUUCCUAUUAGACAUAAUACAUCUCCGCAGAUAGUCGACGAUAACUGUUGUCAUUGUAAUUAUGCUGCAACUGAAAAAUUAAGUAUAGUCGGAGAUAUCGAAAUUAUUUAUGCUACUUACCACGUAGACAUAGGCCAGACACCGUUCUUUGUAGCUUUAGAUUACGGUAGAAAAAAAAUUGUGAUAAGUAUUCGAGGCACUCUUUCCAUGAAGGAUAUUCUAACAGAUUUGAAUGCUGAAGGUGAAACGUUACCUUUAAACCCACCCAAAGAAGAUUGGUUGGGUCAUAAAGGAAUGGUUCAAGCGGCUCAGUACAUUUUGGAAAUAUUGGAUGAGGAACAAUUAGUUGAACGGGCUUGGGCUCACAAUCCUGAAAGGGGUACUCGCGAAUUUGAAUUAGUCAUUGUGGGACACUCUUUGGGUGCUGGAACUGCUAGUAUACUCGGGAUAUUGUUAAGGCAAAGACAACCUACUCUUCAAUGUUUUUGUUAUUCUCCACCAGGAGGUCUUCUGUCAGCUCCAGCUGUUGAUUAUACCAAAGAGUUUACAGUCUCGGUAGUGGUAGGAAAGGACGUUGUACCUAGAAUAGGACUCUAUCAAAUGGAGACUCUCAGAACUGAUCUUAUUAAUGCCAUUAAAAGAAGUGUUGAUCCAAAAUGGAAAACAAUCUCAUGUAGCGUCCUCUGUUGUGGGUGUUCACAACCAACUUCUGCUGUGGAAUUGUCAACUGGAGAGAAAGACGUUACUGAAUAUAUGAGGAGUAAAGAAAAAGCACGAGCGAUAAGCAUUCAUCCAUCGGAUUGUACGAUCGCCUUAUCUAGUCAUCCGCCAUUAUACCCACCUGGAAGAAUGAUACACAUUGUUAGACAUCAUCCAACAUCCGGACAACAAUCAUUAAAUAGAAAAGGACCAGUGUACCAAGCCCUAUGGGCGCGUAAUACGGAUUUCGACGAAGUAUUAAUAUCUCCCGUUAUGGUUACGGAUCAUAUGCCGGAUAAACUACUGGAUGCUUUGAAUAAGGAUUCAAAUUUGGAUAUUUGAGGGCGACAAAAAAUGAUUAUAAACAUAGAAUAAAUUUUUUGAUAUACAUGACUUCGAAUCAAAUGGUCACUAAUGGAUUACUUAAAAUUAUUAAAAUUACUAAAAUAAUAAAAUUACUUAAAAUAAAGAUGAAAAUUAUAAUUUUACAAUGAUUCAACUCUUAAAAUAAUUUUUUUAUUACAAAGUAAAUUCAUUACCCCUAAUUUCGAUGGAAAUUGUUGUUUGAGCAGCUGCUGAAAUGGCAGCAGUUAAUCGAUUAGAUUUUGGACUCUGUCGUGUAUAAAAGGAUUAAGUUCAUGUAGAUCUAUAUAGAUCUGAGAAAUUAUGAUAAAUCUCAUUUAUUUCUAUUUGAAACAUUUGAGCUGUGAUUUAGGAGCUAGGUGUUAUUUUUUUGAGUAUAUAUAAAACAGUGAUUCUUCUUUUUCAUUAUUUUGAAUAAGUUUGAUAAAAUUAAACUUAAUCUUGUAAUUUAUAAAACAUAUUGUGUAUUUUUAAACUAUUAAGGGAUGAAAAAUGUUCGCGAGUUAUAUAGAUGUAUUUAAUUAAGGGUUACAUUACACUACAAGUUUAAUAUUUAUUGUGUCUCCCAUAUCAGAGCUCAUCAUCAAACUCCAGUGACUGUUUUCGGCUCGAGGAGGUUAGAUCUAUAUUUGUUAGUUUCAGCUAGAUCCCUAAUGUCAUCUGGUGCUUCCUGGGGUGAUAGUGCUCUGUGAGGAAACCAGUGAGGUGUUGUAGCUUGUUUCAAUGUGAAUAUUAGUCACAAACGAAUUAUUUGUAGUAAUUCCUUCUAGUAAGACACUACCAAACUAAUUUACUCUCAGUUUCCUUCUUUGAAAAGAAACUAAUUUUUAUAGGUGCAUUUCCUAUACCACAGACAAGCUCCAGGCCAAAUUCAAGCUUUUGUCUUUCUUUUGGAACUAUUUCUUGUAGGUGCAUUUUCUACACCACAGAAAAACUCCAGGUCAGUUGAAAGCUUUUGACUUCCUUUUGAAACUAUUUAUUAUUGGUGCACGUUCUACACCAUAGAAAAGCUCUAGGUCAAUUGAAAGCUUUUGAUUUCCUUUUGAAACUAUUUAUUAUUGGUGCACGUUCUACACCAUAGAAAAGCUCUAGGUCAAUUGAAAGCUUUUGAUUUCCUUUUGAAACUAUUUAUUAUUGGUGCACGUUCUACACCAUAGAAAAGCUCUAGGUCAGUUGAAAACUUUUGACUUCCUUCUGAAACUAUUUUUUAUAGGUAUAUUUUCUAUUCUUGAGAAAUUCUCCAGAUUAAUAAGAAGCUUUCAUUCUUCUUUUGAAUCUAUUUUUUAUAGGUGCACUUUCUACACCUUAAAAAAGCUCUAGGUUAUUAAAAAGCUUUUGAUUUCCUUGUGAAACUAUUUUUUAUAGGUGUAUUUUCUAUUCCAAAGAAAAGCUCCAGGUUAAUAAAAAGCUUUCAUUUUUCUUCUGAAACUAUUUUGUUGGAAGUUGGAAGCUUUUGACUUUGUACUGAAACUAUUUCUUAUAGGAGCAAUUUUUACACUACAGACAAGCUCCAGGGUAAUAAAAAGCUUUCGUUUUUCUUCUGAUACUAUUUUUUAUAGUAGCAUUUUCCCACACCACCUAAAGUUUUUGAGCCAAUAAAAAGCCUUAGUGCUUCUUCUUUUGUAUUGGUUUUCUAAUUUUGAGUAACCAGGAAACUCAGUUGUUUCGAUAGAUGCUGCAGUUUUUUUCCAGCUUAUUUUUACGUAUCUUUUUAAAUUACUUUGAAUGUUAAUUUGUUCAAAAUUUCAAAUUUCAUCUUUAGCCAUAUAAUACUUGUGACUGUUAUCAUAACCCUAUUCUGUGAUGAUAACAAUUAGAAUAAUUUGAUUUCAAAAUUUUACAAUUCAGCAAAUUUCCGUACAAAUGUUGGCUCUAAUUUUAUUAUAAUAGAAUGUUAAGUAAACUAUUCAUCAUCAUCACGCCGUUUAAUCUCUUGGAUUAUGGCUAGCGCUUGGGGCGCCAAUAUAUCCCUUUAUUGGGAUGGAUUACUCCCCUUGUUCUUUUGUUAUAGUUUUUUGUUGGUCCUAGCUUCGUUUGUUCUUUCUCCAUUCUUUUCUGUGUUUGCAUUUGUCUUUUCAGUCUACUAUUUCUAGGAUUCUGGUAUCUUCUUCAAUUUGGUUUCUCCAGAUAUUUCUUGGUCUGCCUCUGUCUCCUGGCCAUAGAGGUAUCCAUUGUUUUAUCCUCCUCACCAUUACUGUAGGUUUCCUUCUCAUGAUGUGUCCUGCCCAAUUUAUUGCUUUUAAAUGCCUUAUUACUAUUACUAUUUCUACUCCCAGUUCCCAGUUCUUCUUCUAUUAUAAUAAUAGUAAACUAUUGUGGUUCUCUAUUAGCGAAAAAAUAUGAUUUAAUUACAAUGUGUGCAAAGAGGAUUUUUGGUAAUUUAAAAUGUUUUUAUUGUUAUAAUUUAUAAAGUUUAUAUGAAGCACGAAUCAAGUCUUGUUUAUGUAUUUUUGACUACUGUCAAAUUGUAAGACUUCUUUUUUCAGAUAUUUACAUGUUUAUUGUAAGAACUUUUCCCACUAAUUCUUUCCUAGAAUUAUUUAAAUAAAUAUCAUGAUUAAGUUUAACAAUGAAACUGUUUUAAAGCUCAUACUUUGACCUAUUUUUGUUGCUUUGAACUUUCCUCGUAAACAGAGAUAUUCGUGGCUGUGUUACUGAUCCGAAUGUUUUUUUUUUUAUUUUGUAUUGAAUUGAUUUUGGAAAUAAUUUUAAAGAUAAAAUUUUUGAAAUUACUUUCAUAGAGUGGUUAAUAGUUGGCUUUUAGUUUGCAAUUUGAAGAGCAUAUGGUAUAGACAAGCAUAAAAAUGACUUUGCUUUAACCUUUUUUUAAUUGCAAACAAAAGUGAACGAUUUGUGAUAAAAUGUGUUUUUAGAAAAGAAGUAUUUAGAAAAUGUAAUCAAAAGUUGUUUAAAACACUAUUUUGGUGAAUUACUUUCAGCAUGGUUUUUUUCCUAUGAAGUUACCACAAAUCUUUUAUAAAAUCUUCCUUAGUUUCGAUAGAAAUUUAUCUCUCUAUUGUUUUUAAUUUAUUUUUUAUUUUUUUUAUAUUAGAUUUUUUUUAAUUUGCCUUUAUUUGAUAUGAUUUUAUUAUUAUAUUUUUAGAUACCAGUAUUGUUAUUAAAGCUUUUUUUUUAAA